CUCGUCGCCACGCUGCGGGCGGCCCCAGCCAGGGGCACCCCGGCGAUGGAAAGCGUCGUCCGCCCCGGGCUUUCCCUAUCUACUCCGGGGCAGGCCGGACCCCCUGCCUCCCCGCUCCCGAUCGCCCGGGCCCAAUCGCAUCCCGGCGCCGCCGCCGCCGCUGCCCCGGGGCUGGUCCCCGCGCGUGACGCGCUCGCUCAGCGGCAUCCGGGCGAGCAUCAGCGCGGCCCCCUCUCGGGGACCCCCACAAAGAGGUGUCCCCUACGCGAGAAGUUUCCAAAACUACCCCCGGGGCGCCGAGCAAACUUUCCCACCAAAGUUACGGGAAUCCGCGUCCGCCCGAGCCCCGAGAGCCCCGCGACGCUCCAGCUCCGCUCGGGGGCUUCCGACGACCCAGAGCUCGGGGGAAGGGCCCCGCGGCUCCCUCGGGUGCCCGAGGCGCAGAGGCCGGGCACCGGCCUGAGGAGCCCCCCGCCUCCGCAGGGGAAGGGAAGGGGUCCGGGCGGGGGCCGCCGCCGCCGCCGCCCCGUUACUCGGAGCUCGGCAAUGGCGCCCGCCGGGCCUCGGCCCCUUCCUGCCCUUCCGCGCCACUCACUGGCUGCGCCGCUUCAUGUGACCAAACACCCCCCUCCCAGGUCCGGUCCGGUCCGGCCCGGUACCUUUGUGUCAGCCCGUCCGCUGGUUCGUUCGCAGCGGCCGCCGCCGAGCCCCCCAACGCUACCGCGGCCCGCCCCGCCCGACCCCGCCCCGCCGUCGCCGCCGCCGCGGCCCCGGGCUCACCUCAGGCUCCGCCGCCCCCCGCGCCCGCGCCCGC